CUUUUGCAUAGCUAAGCUCAAAUCUCAAUGGAGUUAGAAAAAGUUCACGUGGUUCUGUUCCCAUACAUGUCCAAAGGACACAUGAUACCUAUGCUCCAACUAGCCCGUCUCCUCCUCUCCCACUCCUCCGCCAAAGACAUCUCCGUCACCAUCUUCACCACUCCCUUAAACCGUCCUUUCGUCGCUGACUCACUCUCCGGCACCAAAGCCACAAUCCUAACCCUCCCUUUCCCCAAGAACGUCCCGGAGAUCCCUCCCGGCAUCGAAUGCACCGAAAAACUUCCAGCUAUCUCCUCCCUCUACGUCCCUUUCACGAGAGCCACCAAGUCAAUGCAACCCUACUUCGAGCGAGAGCUAACGUCGCUGCCACGCGUCAGUUUCAUGGUCUCUGACGGUUUCUUGUGGUGGACGUUAGAGUCAGCUCAAAAGCUAGGGUUUCCUCGGCUUGUGUUCUUGGGUAUGAACUGCGCUUCCCCCUCUAUAUUGGACAGUGUUUUCAAAAACAAGCUUCUGUCUAAGGUUAAGUCGGAGACAGAGGCGGUGUCUGUACCGGAGUUCCCGUGGAUUAAGGUUAGAAAAUGUGAUUUUGUUGAAGAUAUGUCUGAUGCAAAACCCACUACAGAUCCUGGAUUCAAGCUUAUCUUAGAUCAAGUCGAGUCUAUGAGUCAGAGUCAAGGUAUCAUAUUCAACACGUUCGAUGAUCUUGAGCCGGUGUUUUUAGAUUUCUAUAAGCGUAAUCGUGAGCUCAAGCCGUGGGCACUUGGACCGCUUUGUCUAGGCAACAACUCCUUGGAGGAUGAGGGAGAAGAGAAGGUCAAACCUGUUUGGAUGAAAUGGCUUGAUGAAAAGCGAGACAAGGGAUGCAAUGUCCUCUACGUGGCUUUUGGGUCACAAGCCGAGAUCUCUAGAGAACAAGUGGAGGAGAUUGCGUUAGGGUUGGAAGAAUCAAAGGUGAACUUUCUGUGGGUGGUGAAAGGAAACAAAAUAGGAAAAGGGUUUGAAGAGAGAGUGGGGGAGAGAGGAAUGGUGGUGAAAGAUGAAUGGGUUGAUCAGAGGAAGAUACUAGAGCACGAGAGUGUUAGAGGGUUCUUAAGUCACUGUGGAUGGAACUCUCUGAUGGAGAGCAUUUGCUCUGAGGUUCCAAUCUUGGCGUUUCCAGUAUCCGCGGAGCAGCCUUUGAAUGCGAUAUUGGUGGUGGAAGAGCUGAGAGUGGCGGUGAGAGCGGUGGCUGCGGAGAGUGAUGGAGUUGUGAGAAGAGGAGAGGUUGCAAAGAAAGUGAAGGAGUUGAUGGAAGGAGAGAAAGGGAAAGAGCUGAGGAGGAAUGUUGAAGUGUAUGGUAAGAUGGGGAAGAAGGCUUUGGAGGAAGGUGUUGGUUCUUCUUGGAAGAAUCUAGACAACCUAAUCAAUGAGUUUUGUAACAAUGGAAUAUGAUGUCAAAAACCAUGAUAUAAAGUGAUUAUUUUACAUUACUUGAUUUACUUGUUGUGUAGGAGAAACAAGAGAUCAGUAAGUACUACCAGUUUGCUUGCAUUAUUCUUGGUCUUGGAUUGGAAAAUUACUAGUGUGUUCUGUACUUGAAAAAAAGUUGGAAUUAAU